CGAGUAAAGUACCGGAAUCCCAGCUGGCAUUGGCAAUGCCGACGGAGUAGCCCUCGACCUUUGUUUGUUCCUCCCCCUAAUAUCCCAUCCGAGAAGGCAACAAUGUGUUCUCAACCACCCCCCCUAGCUCGCGGGAGGACAACCCGGCAUACCCUCGUUAGCAGUGGAUUGAAUGGUACUGAGGGAAGGGGAUCCGUCUAAGUGGUUGAGCGCAAACAGACUCGCUGUGGAGCCGACGGGAUCCAGGGAUGGUGGUUGCGAAUGCAGAAAGCCCGUCAGAGCGAGGCAAGGAGUCAACGGAGGUUAUAAGAUGGUUGGACUCAUCUACUGGCCGUCAUCACCCCAAAAGCCCCCUUUCCGGCGCCGCCACACCCACCCGCCCCAAGAACCGUUAUCACCAUGACAAGGGUCCAUCGUUUAAUGGCUCUCCUGAGUCUCAGCCGCAAUUUCGCGCCUGCUCUAGGUCACGUUAACCGUGACUAUGGGUAUGGCGACCAAUCUCUCUCGCAGCCUACCGUUACAGCCACUCUCACGACAACUGCGGUUUCCACGGUGACUGUGGAUGGAAGCAUUUGUGAUACCCUCUACAUCCCAACGACAGUCACGGUUUACACCGACUGCUCGUUCACAUUAGACCCGUCUAGCGUCUCCGGUCUGCCUCUCGGCAGCUACAGCAGCCAGGGCCCCUGGACCAAUAUCACUUCCGCUCCGGAUGCCCCCUGCACCCAUGACUUUCCGAUUUCCAGCGUCGUCCCUAGCAACUUCUCCAGCACUCUUGGUUGGAACCACACGACGGUCACUUCACUCCCGACUCUUACCGGGACUUCUGGCACCACCAUUGAGACCGCCGAUCCCAUCGGCACGUCUUCCGCCCACUGGACAAACUCGACCCGGAGCUCGACCGCGGAAGAGGACUGGACAAGCGUCCUCACUCUCACGGUGACCUCUUCCGCGAUGGUCACUGUGAACGCGACCGUGACUUCCGGUUACUCUGCACCUUCUGGCUUCAGCACAGGGACUGGGCUCCCCGGCCACAGCCCCUCGGAUAUUCCGACGUCCUAUCACCCCAGCCUGACAUAUCAGACCACCACCCGGGGUAAGUUGGCCACUUGCUUCCUCAUGCUUUCGAAACUAACCCUUCCACAGCACCAUCCAGCGCAACCACGCCUCACACGUCCACGAACGGAUCCGCGACCAGGUCUUGGUCGUCCCUUCCCACCCACACGUGGUCCCUUCCGCCAAGCUGGAACACCAGCACCAUCUCGGGCACGCCAACCAACACCACCUCCCACUCCAUCAUCACCACCGAAACCAACGACCCCCUCUUCACCACCGCCACCUCCUCCAUCCCCGCCUGGACCAACACGACCACAACCCCAAGUUGGACCAGCACCCCUACCAGCCUGACCACAUCCUCAUCCAUCACAUCCACCACCAACGGCGACGACACCGGCGGCCAAUACGGCAGCUACACCUACCCGUCCCCGUCUCUAUCCUCAACAAACGCCAGCAGCGUGGCGUCGGUCGACCCUAUCGGGGGCACCGCCACUUUCACCCGCACUGAUACUGCUUCCGUGUCUAUUCCGACGACGCUGUUGACUACGUCUAAGCCGGCUGGUGGGAGCUCUGCUGAGGUGGUGUCGACGGCUUCGAGAGC